CUCUGUCAGAGUAGUCGGUGUGGUCUACAAGCGAAUUGAGCUCAAUACAAGCUUUCUCGGACCUUAAUAUUUGCGACUGGCGAUAUAUGGAAGGGUAUAGAUGUGCCAAUAGAUGUUGAUAUCGCUACUGCAGGACUCAAUGGUCACAGAACCGAAGCAUACGAGGCCACCACAGCUGGGAAAACAGGCAGGCCUCAGUCGAAAAAUUCUGGAUGCUUCGCAUCAUCCUAAGGCAAAGGCAGCUAAACUGAACUCGCUGGACACCGCCAUCAGUCUACGGAUAGUUAGCUCAGAAACUGGCUGGCGGGCUAGCAACCCAAGCAUCCGGAGACCAAGGGAAGCUAGAGCGGUCAACGGGAAUGCCAUGUGUACGUAUCCGCAGUAUGUGCGGUAGCCGUGGGCACGGUUGUGGUUGUGAUGUUCCGAUCAGAGCACUGCAU